UGGGGCAAUACAGCCACGGAGUACAAGAUAGAGAGAUAGGACGGGAAGAAGGUACAUCGUUUUCCGAUAAUAUUAGGGAACGGAAUUCUGAGGCUGCAGCGUAUGUAGCGAGCGGUGUUUGUGAAUAGUUGGAAGAGUGUUAUUUGCUGAAAGCCCCUGCGAGUUUGCAGAUACGGCCACGGCAGCGUUAAGACGUUAAGUCGAACUCUCAGAAAAUAGAAUCUAAAUACAUCUCGCUUACACUAAGCGCUGGUGACGACCGCCGUUGCUGGUGAGGAAGCGAGGUGGCAGAUCUUGAACACCGACACAGGUGCCAUGGCAACGGUGAUGGUGAAUGUACUGCGGGGGCUAAGAUUUGUGAAUGGUGGGACCGACCUCCUGACGUCGGGAAAACGCAGAGACCCAAAACAUCCCCAUCGUCAUCAGCAGCAGCAGCCGCAUCAUCAUCAUCAUCAGCAGGAGCAGCAGCAGCAGCGUGAAUUCGAGAGGAUGUUGCAAGCUGUGGCGGCCUGGAUGACACAAUGGGACCACUCCCAACGCUGUUCCGUGCUCCGUGAGCUCGUGCGCUGGGGAGGCCCGGCCCAAGCGCAGCUGCUCUGGACCGCACUCCAACCCGCGCUGCACCGCGACUUCAUGUACAUGGGGCAAAGGGCUUUCCCCGGCUUCUCCUUUGCUCCGGUCAGCACGGAGUGGACGCGCAAAGCCAGGGGCAGGGUGGGACGUGGCGGACCCGGUGGUGCCACGUGGGUUUACCGCGAGCCCAGCGUCUUCCUCCCGGAGCGCGGGGAGCGCGGAGGGACGGCGCCACCUGCUGCCCAGAGGCCCCCAUGCGCACACAGAGAUGUCGACUGGCAGCGGGCAGCAGCUGCAGGUGCUGCUGCUGGGACUACGAGACGAGGCGACGAGAAGGGGCCGAGCUUGAGGAGGACAGGGGGCCUCGUCCUGCCCGCGCUGCACACGCGCACGGGGAAGGUGGCCCUCAACGACCGCUCCCCGGCCGUGGAGCCCCCCACUUGGGGGGGGUUCUCUCGUCGGCAGCGACGUCUGUUCCACUGCUACGAGCGGCGCUGGGAUGACGCGAUGCGAAACCGCUUCCUCCGCUGGCUGCUCCCAGUCCUGGACCCGCGUCAGCUCUACUUCCUGUCCACGCUCCUCGCGGCGAAGAACCACCGGGACUUCGUGGCUCUGCUGCCGGAGAGCCUGGCCCUGCGAAUCCUGAGUUUCCUGUCUCCCAGGGACCUUCUCCAAGCUGCUGGGGUGAGCAGGGCCUGGCGUCGUCUCUGCGAUCACGGCUCCCUGUGGUUUCCUGGAUGCGUGCGGCUGGGCGCAGUCACGGCGCUCGACGUCACGAGCUCCUCCUCCUCGAUGUCCUCGUCCUCGUCGACGCGCUGGCGAGCCGCCUACUGGCGCGCGGUGCGCACGCGGCGCAACUGGGACGAGGGCGCCUACAGGCAGCGGCUGCUGCUAAGCGGGCACGUCGGCACGGUGACGUGCGUCUGCGUGCGCGGCACGAGCGUGGCGAGCGGAGGCCGCGACGGCACGGUGCGCGUGUGGGAGGCGCCGAGCGGCCGCUGCGUGGCCGCACUCUCGGGCCACGGCGGCCCCGUGCGGGGCCUCGGAUUCCUGUGCGACGGCCUCCUCGUCAGCGGCUCCCGCGACCGCACGCUCAAGAUUUGGAAUCUGCGCACGGGCGACUGUGCCAGGACGCUGUGCGGUCACGAGGGACCGAUCUGGGCCGUCGCCGUCGGUCACGAACUCAUUUGCAGCGCGUCCCACGACCGAACGGUGAAGGUGUGGAGCGGCCGCCACUGCCGCCUGCGCCACUCGCUGCUCGGACACUCACGCGCCGUCUUCGCCGUCGACCUCAGCUCGGACGGGUCGAUCAUCGCCUCGGGGUCAGCUGACAAGACGGUGCGCAUGUGGAGCAGUGACACGGGGCAUUGCCUGCACACGUUUCAUGCCGGUGCCUCCACCAGCGCCACCGCCGCCACCGUCGCCGGCAGAGCCUCACCGGACGGCGGCGCAACGGGCAGCGACGCGUCACGUCGGGCAGCACCGCCGGCGCUCCGGCAGCCCCGGGCGGCGGGGGCGGCGGUGUCGGCCGUGAGCUGUGCCGGAGAGUGGCUGGCGAGCGGUGCCGGCGCGACGCUCCGGCUGCACCACCUGCCCACUCGCCGACUCGUGUGGUCCUCCACCGCCGCCGCGUCGACCAAGCAGGUGACGAGCGUGCUCCUUGUCUGCGGAGCCAGGCCGGGGCCGUGCCAGGAUGGGUUCACGCCGCCGUCGCCGCCGCCGCUGCCGCUGGAGCUGGUGAGCGCCUGGUCCGACGGAGAGGUGUGGUGCCACAGCCUCGACCUGGACGGGCUCUCUCCGCGCGUGCACUCCCUGCGGGGAGACGGAGCGGGCGUGACGAGCGUGGCGGGUCACGUGGCGCUGCUGGUGGCCGGGUGUCGCGACGGCACCGUGCGCCUCUGGGACUUCUCCGCACCGCAGUGACCUCGAGCGGGGCCCCCCGCGUGAAAGCUGCCGUCCUGCCGUCUUCCCCUCCUUGGCAGCGGCGAGCGCUGCGGUGACCGCACGGCGUGGACGAGGCCCGAUUUUGUCGGGGGAACUAAAUAAAAACAACCCCGUCAACAGUUUUUUUUCGUCUGUCGCUGCAUCACUGCUGCGUCAGUCGGUUGGGUCACAUUUGCUCCCAUCUGUUGUGACGGAUGAUCUAAGACAAGAGGAACCCAACGAUGCAAGCAGUUCUUCAGGAUAUGACGGUGGUUUUGUUGUUGCAGAAUGUUUGUUUUUCCGCGUGUUUGGGUGCCGUUUAAAAACUGACGCUUCAGAGUGCUUCCUCGACGCGGAGGUGGUGGGGGGGUGGUAAUCUGGCUGCAGUGCAAGACGUGGCUUCAAGUCUGUUUGCGACUUUGGCUGAAAUUCAAAAAAUAUAUAAUUGUUUAUACCUGCAAAGUUUUAGUUUUGUACUUGUAAAACCAAUGUAUUCAACGUUUUUUUUUACCAACUCGAUCAUAUGUCGCGUAUUUGUUUUCAUCGCGUCAUAUACGUCGCAUUGCUUUAAAACUGAAAAACGGAAUGGAUGUAAUGAAUUCAUUUUUUUUAUCAUGAUGAUGAUGAUAAAAUUUCACAUCGCCGGUCAGGGGCGAAAACAACUCUGCUCGUGUUUAAGGUUUCUCAGUCCAGGCGCUCUUCGUGGGUGUUGGGAAUUGCGUACGGAUUGAUGCCGA